CCAGUUGGGCCCGGUCGGCCCUCGUCCACGAUCAUAGUCGAGGGCUUGCCUAACGAUGCCACGGAGGAUGACAUACUGGACGGCUUUGCGAGUGCGUCUCCAGACGCCAAGCGCGGCCGCAGGAUCGGGUUCGUCGAGUUCUUCAACGUCAACGAGGCUGCACACUUCCUUGAGUUCCACCACCCAGGUCUCGAGUUCCAGCUGGCCCACUCCCGCGGUGUGGACUCGGAACCGAUCAGUGUGGGCAUCAACUAUAGCCGCGGGCGGGACGACGAGAAUGGUAGGGACGAGCGGGGGCGGGAUGAUCGUGGCAGAGACGAGCAGGAUUGGAACUGUCUCGAGUGCACGUACUUGAACUACAACACGAGGAAUCGAUGCCACAGGUGUCGCGCAGCGAAACCAGACGUGGCCUCGUACGGCCCACCGUUGACUGGUGAGACCGAUGAGUGCCCGCAGCAGAUUCCUUCGCAGUAUCUCGUCGUCCGUGGACUCGAUCCGACAAUCACUGAGGAGCUCUUUGCUGAAGGCGUCAAGAAGCUCUAUGUCGAGGCGAGGCCGGAAAUGAAAAAGGAUACCCAAAAUAAGCUCAAGUCGACGGCACCCACUGUCAGAACGGCGAGUCUUGGGGCGAGGCCAGAUUCUCUACGGCGCGUCUUUCUCGUGCGCGACAAGAAGACCGACGAGGCCAUGAGAUAUGGCUUUGCUGAGUUUGCGACACUUGAGGAUGCGCAAGGUGCCAUCGCCAAGUUCCGUGCAUCACCAAACAUCACAAUCUCCUCAAAACCCGUGACAGUGGGCUUCAUCCACACAGGUGUCUUCAUUCCCCAUUCUGGCCAAGUGACUGAAGAUAACCGCCACUACGUCUUUAGUCCGAUCUACAAUCGGGACAUCUACCUCAAAUACUGGGACAAUCGAGUCUACCCCAGCGCUCUGAGAGUCACAGAGGAUCACGUCGACACAUCAAAGAAGUCUGCCUCGGACAACACAGGCAGUCCCGAAAAGCCCGGAGUCACAGCUCCUGACGAGGUCACGACUGCACAGGAUCCUUCUGGGAAGAAGAUGAAGAAGUUCAAGCUCGGCCAGGCGGCAGCCAAGCCUGCUGUUGUGAUGGGCACGCAGAUGCAAAUGUGGGCCAAGAAGCGUGCCGAGCUUGUGGGACAAUCACGAGCCGUAGCCGACGACAGCGUCGAGCCGAGUCCCAUCUCGACCGAGCGACCGCUGGUGGUGAAGCGGGCUCGGACCAAGGAGUCCUACACAUCCUUCAGCGACCUGGACAGCCUGUCCUGCAUGCUCUGUAUGCGAAGAUUCUCGUCUCUAGUGGCUUUGCGUGACCACGAGACCCUGAAUAGGGAGCACCAGGCGAACAGGGCAGACCAGGAGAAACGAGCUGCUGCUGGGGAGAGGCUCAAAGCCGCAGGGAAGGCACAAAAUAUCAUCACUCUGCGUGUUGCUGCGAACAGCACCCCGAACAUCCCCUCUGAAAAGGUGUACACGUCCUAUGCGGACAGAGAGAACUUGCACUGUCUCAUCUGCCAGCGCAGGUUUCCCAAGGCAGGUAUGCUAUCACUGCAUGAACGCGAGAGCGAGAUGCACCGCCGCAACCUAGCCGAUCAGAGCAACAUCGACCGGGCGAUCUCGCAGCUGGCUCGCAUCGGCAAGACGCCUCGCAAGAUGGUGCCAACCAGAAAGGGUGCACAGUACCGCGAUAGGGCCAGAGAACGGCGACGAGCUUACAAUCAACCCAAUGCGCCAAGGCGGAAAGUUCCCUUGGAGCCUGCACCCGCCAACAAGGAACCCGAGAAGGUCGCCGCGCCGUCAAAGGGCGCGGCACUCUUGGGCAAGAUGGGCUGGACGGCUGGCGAGGGCCUGGGUGCUGACCGCUCCGGGCGAACAGACACCAUUGCCACGGAUGUAUAUGCUGCGGGCGUUGGUCUCGGCGCCGAGGGCGGCAAGCUCGGAGAUGCAGCGACCGAGGCGGCGAGGAAGACCAAAGACCACUACUCUGACUUUGUCGAGGUCACGAGGAACAAGGCGAGGGAGAGAUAUGAGAAGCUGGGAUGA